AUGCCCGGAAGUAAGCGGAAAUGCCCUCAGUGUUCAAAACUCUGCGGCACUAAAAGUGAUUUGAACGCUCAUGUCACGCACGACCCCAACGCGAAAGUGAAAUGCAAGAUUUGCGGGAAGAUGUCCAAGAAUCGGAUCGUUUUAUCUGACCACAUGAGACUGCUCCACACCAACCGGAAACGACCCGGCUGCGACAUUUGUCACCGGGUGUUUUCCUCAUCCGCCUACUUGCGGGGGCAUAUCGACAUCGUCCAUACCACGAACGCACGACCAAAGGCGACACACCUUGAAAAAUCUGCACGGAAGAUUUUCAACUACCACAUUUGUCCCGAAACGUUCGUUGCAAAACCCAACUUGCAAAAUCAUAUCGAGACUUGUCAUGAAGAUCAGAAGAAUUAUCGUUGCCCCGUUUGCGACAGGAAAUUUGGACUACCAUCAAAUUUGAAACGGCACGUGAAGGCGAGACACGCCGUGAAUAAGGACAAGAUUCAUGCCUGUGCCCAGUGUGAAUACAAAAGCCACGUGAAGGCUAACUUAGCUGAACAUGUGAGACGUCACGAUAUUGCGAAUGGUCCAGAGUGCUACUUCUGUCAGAAGAAAUUUCCACGCUAUUCCGAAUUGGUGAACCACUUUCGACGACAUACUCUAGAAAUGUAA